GGCAUGUGCCAGGCUCGGCCGCCGCCGCCGCGUGAGCUUGCCCGGUAACCGGGAGCUGCGGCCGAACCGCCUUUCCCCCACCCCCCCCCCCCCACCCCGUGCCGUCGCCGUUUCGUCGUCGCAGUCACCGUCGCCGUUACCGCCGCCGCCGCCGCCCCGGGCAAAGCCGGCGGCGGGUGCCAUGAGCAGCGGCUGCGCGUCCCCCGCGGCGGCAGCGGGGCGGUGACGGAGCGCGGGGCCGCCGAGGCGCGAUGGCCGGCAGCGGCUACACGGACCUGCGGGAGAAGCUCAAGUCCAUGAUGCCUUACCGGGACAACCCCAAGGGGCCGCGGGAGCCCGCCGAGCCCCCCCCUUACGAGCGCAAGCGGCGUUACCACGAGGACUCGGCCUCGGAGCCCAGCGACUACGAGGAGCAGCAGCAGCAGCAGCAGCAGAAGGAGGAGGAGGAGGAAGCCCGGAAAGUGAAGAGCGGCAUCCGACAGCUUCGCCUCUUCAGCGCCGAGGAGUGCGCCAAGAUCGAGGCCCGCAUCGAGGACGUGGUGUCCCGGGCGGAGAAAGGGCUCUACAAGGAGCACACGGUGGACCGGGCGCCGCUGCGCAACAAGUAUUUUUUCGGGGAAGGUUACACCUACGGGUCGCAGCUGCAGAGGCGAGGGCCCGGCCAGGAGCGCCUGUACCCGCGGGGGGAGGUCGACGCCAUCCCCGAGUGGGUGCACGACCUGGUGAUCAGGAAGCUGGUGGAGCACCGGGUGAUCCCCGAGGGCUUCGUGAACAGCGCCGUGAUCAACGACUACCAGCCGGGGGGCUGCAUCGUCUCCCACGUGGACCCCAUCCACAUCUUCGAGAGGCCCAUCGUCUCCGUGUCCUUCUUCAGCGACUCGGCGCUCUGCUUCGGCUGCAAGUUCCAGUUCAAGCCCAUCAGGGUGUCGGAGCCCGUCCUCUUCCUGCCCGUCAAGAGGGGCAGCGUCACGGUGCUCAGCGGAUACGCAGCCGACGAAAUCACACACUGUAUUCGACCGCAGGACAUCAAGGAGAGGAGAGCCGUCAUCAUCCUUCGGAAAACAAGACUAGACGCACCUCGAUUGGAAACAAAAUCGCUGAGUAGCUCUGUGUUGUCACCAGGUUACACCUCCGACCGCCUGUCGGGGAACAACAGGGACCAGAUCCUGAAACCCAAGCGGUCCCAUCGCAAAGCAGACCCCGAUGCUGCUCACAGGCCACGGAUUCUAGAAAUGGAUAAAGAGGAGAACAGGCGCUCGGUCCUCUUACCAAAACAUAGGAGACGGAGCAACUUCAGCUCCGAGAACUAUUGGCGAAGGUCUUACGAGUACACGGAGGACUGUGAUGAGGAGGAGGAGGACGGCAGCCCGGCCAGGAAAGUUAAAAUGAGGCGACACUGAGGAAUGCACUUUCCGGGCUCGUGGAGCUGAUGAGAUUGGCCUCCAGUCUGUGAAAACUUUCUCCUCCCUCUGGCUAUCUUCCAUCUAGCUUCAGUUUUGGUUUUUCCUUUCAGGCUGAAGAGUAAACAGGAAGGAUCUAGCGAUUUGUUUUUAUGAAUGGAGGAAUGCUGAGACAUAUGUAAGGAUGGAACAUGUCCAGUGCACAUGGUGUCCUGAGUCAUGGGUCAAACGGGCAUCUCUCCCUUAGGAAGCAGAUAAAGUUAUGCCAGGCUGUCUGUUGGGAUUUCUUUUGAAAACACCAAAAAGUUUAACUGUUUCGUUGCGCAAGAUUCAAGAAUUGUAUUUUUGUUGGUUUUUUUUUUUUUUUUGCUUUAACUUCCUUUCCAAAUGUUCUAAAUAUGAUGUUAGACCCCAGGAGCUGAAAUUCUCUGUGGUGGCCUCGUAUUCCUUGCUUCACCAAAGGGCUCCUUGGUCUGCUGUUACCUAGUUGUCGUUGGGUUGUGUUUUAAGAGUGUGCCCUGCAGUAACUGGAAGUUUGGAGCUUUGCAGACCCCUCUUACUGCGUUGGUUACAAAGGGUUUAGGACAUUUGUGUUGCACUUUAGUACCAGUUUUAAAUGCCGUAGAUUUUCUUUCCGGUCCCUCUUCCCAAGCCAGCUUGGGCUCACAGCCUCGUGUCCCCGGGCUGCCCUCUCCGAGAAGAAUGUGCUUACCCCUGGCUUCUCAGCGCUGGCCUGACCGGCGACGUAUUUUGGUUGAGGAGGGAGGAAACGGGGCUGAUUUCACUGAGGCCAGGCCGGCAUCGCCCUGAGGUCCGUGUUGGAGCCCGGGGGCUGCAGUAUCAGCACCGAGUACGUGCUGCUUUCCGGGGACAGCAAAGAGAAGCGGGUGAGGGCUGUGCUUGUGAGGAUGCUGGGCUCGGGGCCCCCUGAGAAAAGCUGUCCUCCGCCUCCUGGCAGCGUGGCGGGCUGGUUUUAACAUCCUGCCCCUGCUGGGUGGAGGGAGAGGAGCCGGCAGCGCACCCCGUGCCGAGGGCAGGCGCCGAUGGGGCUGCCGGGGAGCCGGGAACCUCGGCUGCGGUCCGUCCCCUCCGAGGCUGGCUCUGGGAGCGGGGACGCUGCCGGGUCAGUGCGUUCAUCAGAAAUAUCCACCGAUGCCCUGCUCGUCCCGCUGCGUGUCCCUGGGGCAGGGAGUUUGUGGCUGCCAGGGGAAAUGCUGAGCAGCAGCAGGCGUUUGGCCGCGAGGAGGUAACGCGAGGAGGUCUGCCUUCUUCCUCGUCUUCUCCCAGCUGGUUCGCGUUCGCCCAGCCUGAAGCCUGAGCGCCUUCCAAGUUUGGGGCCCAACACCGUAUUUAGAACCCUACUUUUAAGGAACUUCCUCCGAUUGAUUCUUUGAACCCAAGUGUUGGCAGUCGUAAGGAGUAGUCUUAUUUUUAAAUUUUUACCGCUUUGCCCUCCCUCAAACUGUAGUUUUUCUUAGUGUCGUGUCCCCCACACUUCAUGGUCUGCACGCUUGGCAAUAAAAAGAUGUAAUAUAUUUUGAAACCCGUUUGCUGCUGUCUUGAGGAGCUCCCAUUCAAAAAAAAAAAAAAAGAAAAAAAAACACAACAAAAAACGGGCGCUGUUCCUUAGCAAUCGAGCAUGUUUGCUGACAUCUGGGUCUCGGUGUCCUUUUCCUUCCCUGCUGACUCGUGCAGCUCCUGCCACUCGCCUGUCCUUGGGGUUACCUCUGGGGCUGGGUCCAGCAGCCACGCCAGUGCCCGGGAGAUCGCUGCUGCCUUCGGCAUCGCGCUGACCUGCGGGAGGUUUCCUAGGUGGGCCCCAGCUGCCCGUCCUUGGUUCUCUUGAUCCCAUCGCCUUCCCGGUGAGAGCUCCCGGCGGCUUGGUGUGGAGGUGCGAGAACAGCCUCGUGGCCAGCCUUUGAAGGCGCCUCUUGUCUGCCCAGAGAUCUGAAAGUUCAUGCUUCUGCUGCUUCUGAAACCACUGAGAAGCUGUUAUCAGACCACAUUUAGCAUUUGAAGCAGCGUUCCUUGCCUUCCUAGCUUGCUGCAGAGAAUCCAGGCCAGCUCUUGGCUACAAACCCCCGUUCUGGGAAAGCUUGGCAUUCCCCGACAGCAAAACAGCGUGCAGGGAGCAGCCAUCUCUUCUCCUCUUCACAGCUGGCGUCUGCGAGCGUCUUCAGCAAGCUAGAGACCUGCCUGCGGGAUGCCCGGGAAUGGCUGUUCCCAAUUCUUUCGGAAUUCACCCUGGACGUGCCCCGUGCCCUCCGCGGGCGUUAGGCUGCGCUGCUCGUGCUGCCGGCGGUGGCUGCGGUGAGGCAGAGCAGCUCUGCUCCCUCGCCCGAGGUCCCCGCUCUGCGCAGCCUGCUGUCCCCCCCUCCCGAUUUUACACCUACCUCUGCAACACGGAUACCGUACUCCGGUGUCUCAGCUCACAACGAAGGCAACCUGCCUCGCCGGGGCUCCUUCCCGAAGCGGCAGGAGUGCCGUGACUCCCGUGGGACAAGGUAUGUCCUCUGAAGGCUGAACAAGGCACCCCGAGGUCUUGCCUCGUCACCUCAUCCCAGUCCUCGCGCAGUCUGCACGGGCAGCCCUCCUGUCCCGUCGGGUUCUGGUGUUCCUGCAUGCUGCCUCCGGGAGCUCUGCCCUCCUGUUCCCCCCCCAACCCCAGGUCUGUGCCGUGGGUCCGAGCUGGCAGCCGGCGCUGGAGGGCCGGGGAGCUCCUCACCGGAGUCGCUCCCCUGCUCCGUUCCGCUUUGAGUCUCCAAGCUGCCUGCUUGGGGCUCCAACACCACCCAUCUGACCCGUAGCAUCUCGUGGGCAAGGAGUUCCCGGCGUGCGGGCAGCCCAUCUCUCCCACUUGUACAGACAUUUUAUAUACACA